GUGGUAGAAUUGCAGUCUUCGGCUAUAAAAAAUCUGUAUGGUUCUUUCCAAAGGGGAUCUUCUUUCAAGUACAUGGAUUGCUUAAGGUCGGUAGAUUUGUUUUGUGGAGCUUAUAGAACACCAGACCUUGAUCUGUGGGAAAAGGUGCAAUCUUUCCAGUUAAUUUCCAUAUCUGGAUAGAGUAGCUCACCAAGUGCCGGGAAGUUUUUUGGUUUAAGACCAGGAUAGGGUUGAGGAAAAAUCUGGCACAAAGAUAUUCGAUGCGAGCAUCUCAGAAAAAUACAAUUCCUGAUGGGUCUGAGAGGGUCUACAACCCAGAUAUGCAAGAUCAGGAGUCAUAUUGCUGGACUCCAAUCCAAAAAAUAGAGCACCCUUCAAGAUCUGAUGAUGCUAGCCAAGGGAUGCACCUUUCAGUCAAGUCAUUUGAACAAUACUGCACCCUUGAAUCAUUUUGUGGUAAUGAUGAUGACUACGGAGUUCACAAUUCUCCAUCCACUGCCAGUUUCUCACCAAAUGAUAGCCAGUCAUAUCCAUCAGAUUUGCAAGAUUCAUCUGAUAAUACCUGUGGCUCUCCAGUAAGUCGGUCUUGUGUCAACAACAAUGCGAAUGACUUCAGGCAUAAGCUGAGAGAAUUGGAAACUGUUAUGCUAGGACCUGAUUCAGAUGACCUUGACAACCAAAUUUCCUUGGAGACAGAGAAGUGGAAGUAUAUGAUGGAGGUGAUAGCCAAAGGGGACUUGAAAGAUGCUCUCUGUGCUUGUGCAAAGGCUAUAGCAAACAAUGAUAUGCUCACAGCCGAAUGGUUGAUGACCGAGUUACGGGGGAGGGUGUCAGUGACUGGUGAGCCAAUCCAACGACUGGGAGCCUACAUGUUGGAAGGGCUUGUCGCAAAGUUGGCAUCUUCAGGAAGUGCAAUCUACAAGUCCCUCAGAUGCAAAGAGCCUGCUGGUGCUGAGCUCCUUUCCUACAUGCACAUACUGUAUGAAGUGUGUCCAUACUUUAAGUUCGGGUAUUUGUCUGCAAAUGGAGCAAUUGCAGAAGCGAUGAAGGAUGAACGAAGAGUCCAUAUCAUCGAUUUUGAAAUUGCACAAGGCAGCCAGUGGGUCACUUUAAUACAAGCUCUUGCUGCUCGUCCAGGAGGGCCACCACACAUACGUAUAACGGGUAUUGAUGACUCUACAUCAGCAUAUGCGCGAGGUGGAGGAACAGAUAUAGUGGGGCAGAGACUAACAAGGCUUGCUGAGUCAUGUAAGCUACCUUUUGAGUUCUGUGCUACUGGAAUUUCUGCUUCUGAUGUUCAACUUGGAAACCUUGGAAUUCAACCUGGUGAAGCCAUUGCAGUGAACUUUCCCUUGAUGCUGCACCACAUGCCAGAUGAAAGUGUCAGUACACAGAAUCCUCGGGACAGACUGCUCAGGCUGGUCAAGAGCUUGUCACCUAAGGUAGUGACUCUGGUUGAGCAAGAAUCCAAUACUAAUACAGCCCCCUUUGUUUCCCGUUUUCGUGAGGCGAUGAACUAUUAUCUGGCUAUCUUUGAAUCAAUCGAUGUUACUUUUCCGAGGGAGCACAAGGAAAGAAUCAAUGUCGAACAGCACUGUCUGGCUGGGGAGAUUGUCAACAUUAUAGCAUGUGAGGGUGCUGCAAGAGUGGAACGUCAUGAGCCUCUUGGGAAGUGGAGAUCUCGGUUUAUGAUGGCCGGGUUUAAGCCUUAUCCACUGAGCUCUUAUGUGAAUGCUACCAUUAAGACUCUGCUAGGGAACUACAGCGAGCAGUAUACACUCGAAGAGAGAGAUGGAGCUCUGUUCCUCGGCUGGAUGGACCGACCUCUGGUUACCUCUUGUGCCUGGAGGUGAUAACCUGAAAAAUGUUGCAACUGUUGCAAAUCCUCAAUAAAAUUUGAAUUUGAAUGUUGUUUUUGUUGUUGUUUGUAGUUUCUUAGCAUUAUAAUGCUACAAAACAUACUACGUGAAUCGAA